UUGUUUUCUGUUCCCUGUUCCUCUCGACUACGCAGAAGCCUGUGGUGUGCCUUCUCCUCUCCCUCGUCUCUUCCGCGAGCGGUUCUGCUAAUCCGCCUGUCGCUGUUCGAGCCUCAUUCUCUUCUAGGUUCUCUGUUCCUCCUUCUCCUCCAAGCGUCUUUCUCGUCCUCUUUCUCUUCUCCUCUUUGUCUCUUGCAAACGCGUUUUUCACUUUCUCUGCCUCAGUGCCGCCGCUGCUUGAGCCUGCUUGUUCGCAACCUCUUGAGAGGAACAACGACGGACAACGAGGUCGAGAGAGAGAGAGAGCGAAGAUCCUGUUUCAGUGCCAAUACGUUGCUGACAGUGCAAUGGUUCUGUUUUGCGUUACCUCAUUUUUCCAUUUUUUAUGAAUUUUGAGAAUUUUUUCGGAGUAAAAGCGAAACGACAAGGCGAGAAAAGAAGUACUCGAGAAAAACUAUGCGCUUCUCUUCCGUGGAGGUUUCCUUUGCGGCUAUUCUCAAAUGCCAGCAUGGAGAGUUGCUUGUGCAGGCAGGCGAGGGCGCCAACAGGAGACACAAGGGGACGAAAGAGCAGAGACAGAAGAUCGACAGCGGCGUGAGAGGAUGUUCGAAGACCGAGGUAAAAAAAAACGCGCAAAGACGGUUUCCUGGGAGAAGUGCUCUCGCCAACUUCUCUCACUCGAACAACAGAUGACAGAAUCAGAGAGCUUUUUCGAGCAGAGGCGGUGUGACGACAAGCAGGAUUAUCAGGAAGAAGGCAGUGAUGCCGUCUCUGAGGUGUACAUACACCCUUCCUCGCAUCUUCGUCAGCUUCCGUCUCGUGUAGCGUCGCCUCUUUCGCUGUGUCCUUCGUCUACAUCCCGGUCUUCUUCACCCUCUUCUUUGACUUCAACGCCCUCUGCAUUUCCCGAAUCUUCUUCUCUCUUUUCUUCCAAUCGCUCUGCCCAUUCUGCUGCGCCUCUCUCUUCAUCGUCGAGGCCUUUGUCACCAUCCUCACACUGGCGUUCGCCCACCAACUGUUAUCCUCAUCCGUCUGUCUCGUCUGUUUCCUCUCUCUCGUCUCCUCCUCCUUUCUCUUCUCCGUCUGUCUCUGCGGUUCAUUCUCCCUCGUCUCUUCUGUCUCGCACCCUUGCUCUGUUGCUUCUCCUCUUUUCCGCGUCGCCUCUUCCUCCCUCAGCCUGUCUGGCGUCUUCUCCUUUACAUGUAUGGCAAGCCUUUUCAGCCUCCAUCUCUCCACGUUGUGGAGUAGGUCCAGCUGUCUCCUUGUCUUCCUUCCCCGCCUUUUCUUCUCUGCGAAGAAGGUGCCGGCGAGUCUCCUCAGGCAGCUGCGCGUCGCCUGUCGAGUCUCCAUCGGAGACACACGCCCCAGUGAAUUUCGUUUCUCCGUUUCACAAGUCCUUCUCCCCUCCACAGCCUUUCCGGUGGUGGCUGGCAACGCCCGGACGACGCAAAAGUCUUCUCUUCUGUUCGUUUCUCUUCUCUCCCCAUACCUUGGUCUCUCCAUGCUCUCCUCUUCUUUCUCUCUCUUCCUCUUCUAUCUUCUCUCCUUUCUCUCCUUUCUCUCCUUUCUCUCUGCUUUCGUUCCCGACUCCCCCUCCUCAGUUCUCGUCCGUUUCCCCCUCCACCUCUUCGCCUCUGCCUGCGUCUCUCCAGAGAAGCCAGACUCACACAGAGGAGACCGCGCAUGCAAAGAGACCGAGAGGGCAGAGAAACUUUGGCUUCACCCGCAUUCGAUGUCUCGGCAAGGCCUUCGCUCGAGCUGUGCAUACACCGGGGACAUCCCCGCUGCACUCUCUGGCGAGGAAGAGCGAAGCCGAGCAGCAACAGAGCGGCGGAUUGCAAGCGACGUUCUUCAACUCUCUCUUCUCCUUCGGGACUCGAGCGGGUGAAGGCAGAGAAGCGCAGAAAGCGAGGGAGGCGUCUGAAGAAGAAUCCGAAGAAUCGGCAGCGGAGCCGGAGAACGCACCAACAGCGGAGCGGGCGGCAGAGGGAGGGCAGGCAGAGGAGGAGCUUCCGGGGAGGCGGCUGACGCGAGGCAAAGGCCGACAGCAAACGAAACAGAAAUCGAGAGAGGAAUCUCAAGAGAAGGCGAGGGAUGGAUCUGAAUCGAAGUCUGGAAAGAACUUUGGGGAAACGUCUAGAGAAAAAGCGAGGCGAAACUAUGCAGAGAAGUCCGAAGGCAAACCUGACAAGAUGUCCAGAGACAAAGCUGAAAAAACGUCUGAAAAGACAUCGGCAGAGAAGGCGGCAGAGAAAGAGUGUGGAUCUCGAGGAGAGCAGAAAGGUGCAGGGACGAAUGUCGAGACGACUGAGGAGAAGAGCGAGAAAACAGAGAAUCGCUUGCAAGGAGACACCAGUGAAUCAACGGAGCCUGGAGAGCGCAAAAGAAGGAAACCGUGGAACUACGGACGGCCAUGGACGGAGGAGAUUCGACUGAAGAUAGCAGCGCGGACGCGCCUGGCGAUGCAGCGCCUCAAGAGCGAGAGAGCGGCGACGAAGACGGAUGACGGAGAGGCGAUCAGUCGAACGCCAUCUGCAGCUAAACGGGCGCCUCUCUCUUCUGCAGCGAGACUGAAACUCUCUGAGCGCCUCCGUGCUCGGUGGCGGGACCCUGAGGCUCGACUCAAGCUUCUUCAACUCGGCAGAGAGCGAACCCAGUCCGAAGCGACGCGCGCCGCGAUCGCUGAGAGCGUUCGGCGGAAAUGGCGAGAAGACCCAGGAUAUGCAGAGCGAGUGCGCGAAGGUCAUGCAAAGGUGAAUGCUGCCGGAGAGAAACGAAAAAAAAUCUCGGAGACUCUUAAGCGUCUGUGGAGAGAUGAAGCGUUUCGUCACCGCAUGCGAACAACGCGCCGCCCGUACACAGAGGAACGUCGUCGUGCUCUGAGUGCGAAAAUCACGGCGAUGUGGGCAGAGCGAACCGACUACCGCAGUCGGACAGUGGACGCAAUUCGCUCGCGCUUUGAUCGCCUCAAAGUAGAGAGUUUUACGCGGAGACUGGGAGCUGGAAAAAUCCCCACACAACGCGUUUUCUCGCACUUUGCUGCAAACACUCCUGCUGGAGGACCUCAUGCACCCGACCUGUUUAGUAUUUUAGGUGUGAAGCAAGCAAAGCUCUUCCCGCUGCAGCCGCCGCACUCGCAGCGUCAAGAGUUUUGGCAACGCAUGUACCAGAAACUGCUGAGCGCAGAGCAGGACGAAUCCGCUGGAAGUCCGACAGACGAGAAUCGAGGAAGCCAAGAGCCAAGAAAGGAAGAGUAAAAUCCUUCUCGCCGCGCGGUGCAUGCAGAGGGGAAGAUUCAAACAAUCACAGGGCCGCGGGCCAGUAGAAGGUGCGACACACCGGCCACCAGAAGAGACGCGAAUGCAGGCCAGCGACCCAGACGGCGACCAACACUGAAGCUUUCUCCAUCCCAAAAAAAAAGCAAACCAGCUCUAGACAAAGCGUCUUUCAAAAGCUGUGUCGCGCUCUCGAACUAGCUCGCUCUCUCCUCGUG